AUGUUUUCUGGAAACUAUACACUUUAUCGUAACGAUCGCGUAGCGCGUAAAGGAGGAGGCACUUUGGUGGCGGUAAGAAAUAACUUCUCUUCCACGAAAAUAAAUUUACCAAGAACCUUAGACGAACUUGAAAUAACUCUGGUUAAAUUAAAAUUAAAUGCCAAUCAGUACUUAAUCAUUGUGAAUGCUUAUAUACCACCGAAUACGGCUGCUGCUACGUACGAAGAGCUCUUUCAUGCAUUGGAGGAGGUGUUGUAUCUGGAGGCUUACGUCAUCUUUACGGGUGAUUUUAAUAUUCCAGAGUAUUUCGCCUGUAAUAGUAAAUCUGCGGGAUCUGCUGUAUUAGGGAGUGAAAAGUACGUGCUAUUAAAAAAUUUUCUAGAUUUCGGAGAUUAUGUUCAAAUCAAUAAAGUUGUCAAUAUAAAUAAUCGCAUUCUUGAUCUUAUUAUCGUACCUAAAACGCUAACAUGUGAUGUUAUGCAGGACAUUCAGCCUUUAGUGAAGGUAGAUUGCCAUCACCCACCCUUAAUGUCUUUGUUGCAAGUAACUAGCAAAGUCAAAUCAAUAAACUUCCAACGGAAGUUAACACCGUCUUACAAUUUUAAGAAGGCUAAUUAUUUUGGGUUGUAUACUGCUAUGGCCAACAUCGAUUGGGAAGUCCUUUAUUCUUGUGUUGAUGUCAAUACUGCUUGUAAAUAUUUGUACCAGAAUGUGUAUUCCACCUUAGACCAAUUUGUCCCAAAGACAGCUGGAAGCAGAAACCAAUUAAAGUAUCCUCCUUGGUUUAACGGUGAUAUAGUGCGACAAUUACGUAUUAAAGAAAGAUCCAGAGCGCUAUACAUAAAAACCAGGAAAGUGAGAGACAAAGAAUCAUUCCAAAUAGAACGGCGGGAAUUAAAGCGAAUGAUUAAUAACGCCAAGAGUUCUUAUAUCAACUGCACCGAACAAACUUUGAAACAAAAUCCAAACGCCUUAUGGCGACUUGUUAAUUCCAUGAAGAAAUCUACGAGGAUUCCAGGGGAAAUGCGAUUUGGUACCGAAAUUUUGGCUUCUCCAGAAGGUAUUGUUAAUGGGUUUGCUAGGCAUUUCCAAGACAUAUUUACACCACUAAUCAAUACGGUCCAAAAGCUGCCCAACAAAUCACUAGACUACAUGUGCUUUACUCUAGUUAGCGAGGAAGAUGUCAUUAAGUCUCUGAAGAAACUUAAGUCAAAAAGCACCGCUGGAUUGGAUGGAAUUCCAUCGUUCAUUCUAAGGGAUUGUUGGCCGGUCUUAGUGAAACCUCUAACCCAUUUAUUUAACCUUAUCAUUCGUACAUCGGAAUUUCCGGUAAUGUGGAAGUGCGCUAAAGUGAUACCAAUCCUGAAAUCGGGAGAUCCAGCGGACAUUACUAACUAUAGACAAAUAUCUCUGCUCAAUAAUUUUUCGAAAGUGUUUGAGUGCGUAUUACACGAAAAAAUCUUCACUUCUGUCAUGAACUUCUUAUCGAAGGAUCAACACGCAUUCAUCCCAAGGCGAUCUACUUGUACGAAUUUGGUCAAUUUUACCCAAUAUGUAUCUAACGCAAUGGAUGUUAACAAACAGGGGAAUCACUAUAAUGACGACGACGCACUGGUACUUCAUCAAAGAUUAGAAAGAGAAAUUACAGAGAAGAGGAUGUUGGAAGAAACACAAAUGGGCUUCGGAAAAGGUAGGAGACAUAUUAUAUUACACAGGUUAGUGGAAAAGGAAUUGGAAAAAAUGAAAGAUAACAAGAAGAUACCUGUUCGACGCAAGGAGGAGAAGGAUGCUUAUGCACAAAGCGGAGAUAUGGAGGUCGAAUGCAUGGGAUAA